AUGGCUCCUCGUGCAAGCCUCAAAUUUGGGUUCUGCCUUUUCCUGGUUUUGCUUAUAUUUUCCAACUCUGAGUCUCGUCCUCCUCCUGCUCCAUUAUAUAGCAAGAUGAGCAAGCAGCAGGCAUUGAUGCAGAUUAAAGUCUUAAGGGCUAGCAUUGCAAGGCAAGCCGCAGCUGCAGGAAGUGGAUUAACGGACUCCAAGCGAGUCAGUCCCGGUGGCCCCGAUGGACAUCAUCACUAA